AACGGAAUUUACAUUUCUAUCAAGUGAUUCUUUGAAAAUCUCUUUUAUAAUAUAAGAUGCUCAAAGAGUAGUCAAAUUUAUAUAAUAAGCAAAUAAGGCAAUAUGGACUCCAUUGUUAGCCACGUCACUCAUUCGCACCCUCAUUUCCCCCAUCGGCUCCCAGGCACAUUCUCCAAUUUAUCUAUUAUUAUUAUUAUUAUUAUUAUCCGUUUCAUUUCGAAAUUUUCAAAUAUUUCUAUUUACAACGGCAAGAACUUCUUUGACUCUGGUGCUCUUCAUUCUGUGAUAAUUUUUUAUCCACAGUUUCUUUGCCUUUUUAAAUCCGAAAGCUUUUCUUUCCGUCAAAAGGUAAACCGAAAUUGCAAGCCCCUAUGGCUGCAGUUGUUACAAAUACAAACGAUUGGAGCAACGAAAAAGAUGGUCUUCAUAUAUCGGAAACUGUCGUGAACACUACUACCAAUAUUGAUAAUACCAAUAACGACACUAUACAAAAGGAGAACGCUUCAGGAAAUCAAGACUCGGAAAAAUCCCAAUAUGAUAGCAAUCAAAAGUUUCAAGAUACUGUUUCCAGUUCUUUCAAAGCAACAAAUGGAAAACAAGAUAGUGAAACCGACUUUGCACAACUUGGUUCUUCUGACGUGGACAAAAGUUCUAAAAUGCGAAAACUUUUCAACGUAAAGAAAAUAACCAAUGUGAAACCUAAGAAAAUACGAAUGCCUAUUAAGCCAAUUAAGAAUAACAGCAAUUCUUCGGCAUCUAUCGAAACUGCUUCCAUAGACGAAAAUGAUAUCGAAUCGACAAACGAACCUUCAAACACGACGAAUGAUCGAAAGUUUCGAAUACCUUUUCCAAAGAGAGGACAAAAAGAACAAAGCAUAAAUCAAGAUAUUUCUGAUGUUUCUAGCGAAGACGAAACACCAAUACCCACAUUGGAAGAGAGACUUGGUGAAGAAGCACUUGAGCAGUUGAGACAAAUUGCUCAAGAGUUUGUUCGUGAUGAAAAAGGACAGUUUAUGUUUUAUAUCGAUCCAGCAAGAUACGUCGGAAAUCCCAAAAACCCAGGACCACUUAUACGAUAUUCUUUACCUCCUCACUUUAGCGGAACCCUAGGGGCUGGUAGUUUCGGUUUAGAGUUUGAUGCUGGACCUCCUAUACCAGGAUAUGACGGUCAGUAUGGUCCAGGAGGAGCCACAGUUCCUGGAGUUCCACCUGGUCCACCUAAGCCCAGUGCCGCAACUCCAACACCAGGUGCUGCAAAACCAAAAGUAGGAGGUGGUGUGGGUGCCAAGCCACUACUCUCCGGAAGUUCUAAUAAACCAGCAGCGCGACCACCAACAGAAGGUCUUCCUCAACAAAUCGACAAACCUGGUCCCAAGUCAGCUGCUCCUCCACCUGGUGGCGUUGCUGGUGGUUUGAAAGGCAAGACUAAAGAAAAUGUAAAAGUGGGAAAGAAAGAUAAGAAAGCAUUGCAUUGGAAUAAAGUGCCGGUUGGUCAGUUGAAUGGAACUGUUUGGGCUGAUUUAAAAGAUGAAGAUAUCGACGUGGAUGUGGAUGAACUAGAUGAUCUGUUUGGCGUUGAUCCUUCUUCUACAGGUGGAGGAGGUAUUGGUGGUUCUGCUCAAGAAGAGCAGCCUCAACAGCUAGAAAUAUUGCCACACAAAAGAAAGCAUAAUAUAAAUGUACUCUUGGCUACCUUAAAAAUGAGCUCAGACGAUAUUAAGGACGUUGUUAGACAAUUGAAAUACAAAGAACUAGAUGAAGACAAACUUCAGGCUCUGGUAGUUGUUAGUCCCACAGAAGAAGAAGAAACCGUUUUAAGAGAAAUGUUUGCAGAAAAGGAAAAAGCAAACCGGACCGAUAGCUUUAUGAUGGAAUUAGCUCAACUUCCUGGUUUACGUGGUAAAUUGCAAUGUGCUCUUUCUGCGAAAACUUUCGACGAGGUGGCUAGAGAUGUCAUUUCUGAUAUGAAGACUUUUACUAAAAUUCCGGAAGAAAUUAUGAAGAGCUCGAAACUACUAAAGAUUUUAGAGUUGGUGCUCCGAGUAGGAAACAUGUUGAAUGGCGGAACCAACAGGGGUGGAGCACAUGGAUUCAAACUGGAUACUUUGCCAAGUCUUCGAACUUUCAAAUCUGCCAAGGGAAUUACUUUGGUACAAUACAUUGUUCGUCUUCUUGAAAGAAAGUAUCCUGGAAUUCUACCUAUUGAAGAUGAACUAUCUCAUUUGGCAUCUAGUGCGCAGAUAUCUUUGGAAGGAAUUGGAGAAGAUGUGGCUCAGGUUUUAGAUAGCAUAACUACUGUAACGGAACAGGUUCAAAAGAUUGGAGAUGAUCCACUUUUGGCUGCAUUUAAAGCAGAAAUGAAUGCAUUUGCAAAUAGGUCUUUUCAUAUAAGAGAUCAAAUUGUCGAAUUACGAGCUACUUUGGUAGAAAAAUUGCAAACAAUGAUGGAAUGGUUCGGAGAAAGUAGGAAUAAAGCAAAUAGAGGUCGUCAAGAAGAAAUUUUGAAGCUUCUGAGAACGUUUGUGGAAGACUUGAACACAGCGAAGAAGCAGAAUGAGCUCCAAGACAAGAAAGAAGCAGAAAAAGCAAUCAAGGCUGCAAAAACUGCUGCUUCCAAAGUUUCAUGAUUUGUAAUGACUGGCAUUCAGGUU